GCCACUGUUGCUGACUGUCUCAAUAUUGGUAUGUGCAGUUUGGGAGCAAUGGCAAAUACAAGGGUAAGUUUAGCACUUGUGGGGCUUUUUCUGGUCUUCAACUAUGUGAGCAGUACACCUGCAUCCCCGCAAGCUGUAAAAAUGCCACCUCAAGCUCCUCAGCUUCCUGGGAAGCCUACUUUACAGCCACAGAUGCCUGGCCAGGUUGCAAAAUGCCAAGUGCAAGACUAUGAAAGGGUUCCUUGUGGAGAACCUGGCAUCAACGGUGAUCAGUGCACCACUAUAAACUGCUGUUUUGAUGGCCAACAGUGCUAUUAUGGGAAAAUGGUGACUGUCCAGUGUACCCUUGAUGGCCAGUUUGUGCUGGUGGUGGCCAGAGAUGCAACAGUUCCCAGGAUAAGCCUGGAGUCCAUCAGCAUGUUGGGAGGAAACACUGGACCCUGUAGUCCUGUAGACUCAAAUACAGCCUUUGCUAUAUACCAGUUUCCUGUAACUGUUUGUGGGACGACCAUGAUGGUACAAGGUGGCUAUGUGGUCUAUGAAAACAGGAUGCUCUCUUCCUAUGAGGUUGGGGUUGGACCCCGAGGAGCAAUCACCAGAGACACUCACUAUGAGCUUUACUUCCAGUGUAAAUAUUCAGGUGUUAGCUUGGCCACUCUGGCUAUUGACCCUUCAGCCAAUGCUGAUCCUCCUUCCAUUGUUGCUUCUGGACCACUCCAAGUAGAACUAAGACUAGGAAAUGGUCACUGUGUUGCAAAGGGGUGUGUGGAAGAUGAAGUAGCCUAUACCUCAUACUACAGUGCUGCUGACUACCCUGUGACUAAGGUUCUGAGGGAACCAGUGUAUGUUGAAGUGCACAUCGUGGGAAGAACUGAUCCAAAUAUUGUCCUGGUUUUGGGAGGCUGCUGGGCGACUGCUUCCCCUAACCCCUACAGCCUUCCCCAGUGGGACCUUCUGGUGAAUGGGUGUCCCUAUAAGGAUGACCGCUAUUUGACCAAGCUGAUGCCAGUUAAUGGCAUGUCUGGACUUGCAUACCCUACCCAUUACAGACGCUUUGUCCUGAAGAUGUUCACAUUUGUGGAUCCAGACUCUAUGGCUCCAAUGCAUGAGACGCUCUACAUCCACUGCAGUACAGCUGUAUGUCUUCCAACUGCACAAGACUCUUGUGAACCGAUAUGUGCCAGAAGAAAAAGAGAUGCUGCUGCAGAAGGCUCUCCUCACACCUCAGGAAUAGUGUCCAGUGGAGGAGUGAUCUUUACCCAAAGCUCUUCACCUCAGUUUGUUUAAAUCUAUGGAGAAUAAAGAUUUUCUUUUUAACUUUCAA